ACGAUUUUUUCGCUGACAAAGCACACAACAACAACAACAACAACAACAACAGCGACAGCGACUUGGUGAACAUCACACCACACAUCACCGCCAUUCUCCACCGUUCCCGCCAUUCAAGCAUAGCAACACUGACACGACAACAAGCAAGGCUGCACCAUGGACGACGUUGUUAGGCGGCAGGUGGACGAGAUGCUGAGUGCAUACCGGCCGUCACAACACUUUGAGGAGCAGCUGCACAGCGCAGAGGCGUUUAUCGAUCAACAAGCACAAGAUGGCAGGCUUGCACUUGUCACCUCCGGCGGCACAGGUGUACCGUUGGAGAAGAACAUGGUGCGGUUCCUGGACAACUUUUCGCGUGGCAAACGAGGUGCGGCGUCCACGGAGUACUUCCUCGACCGCGGGUAUGCCGUGAUCUUCUUCACCCGGAGGGGUUCUCGCAGGCCCUUCUUGCGUGCUCUUCCACGCUCCCCCUUGGACUGGUAUUCCAUCGACAAGGACGACCCAGCCCACGACCCAACACUGAGACCGGAGUUGGCAGAUGCGGUGCACGACGCUAUCCGCCGCUACCACGAGGCGAAUGACAGCGGGCGGUUUCUGGAGGUUGAGUUCUUCAGCGUGCACGACUACCUGUAUGGGCUGCGGCGCCUGGCAGGGCGACUGCGGCCACUGGGCCCGCGCGCGUGUCUAUAUCUGGCGGCAGCAGUCUCUGACUUCUACAUCGCGGACAGCCAGCUGGCAGAGCACAAGAUCCAGUCCAGGGACGGCAACCUGUCCCUGCACAUGGAGCAGGUGCCCAAGCUGCUGCACAUGGUGAAGCCGCAGCUGUGCCCGGAGUGCUACGUGGUCACGUUCAAGCUGGAGACCGACGAAGCGUUGCUUGCACAGAAGGCGAGGGCUGCGCUGGCGGCAUACGGGCACGAGAUGGUUGUGGCCAACAUGCUGCACCGGCGACACAGGGAGGUGCUGGUGUUCACGCGCGGCAGCGAUGUUGGCGUGGAGAUCAAGCUUCGUGGUGAUGCUGAUGAUGACGAUGGCGAUGGUGGUGGUGAUGAUGAUGGGAAGCAAGGAUCGGCGACAAAGGGCUCAAAUCAUGGCACCAGCAGCAGCACCGGCAGCGGUAGCAAAAGCAAAGGCGAUGGUGCGACGACAACUGCUGUAACCAAUCCCAGUACUGCAGACCUGGAAGCGCUGAUUGUGGAUCACAUUGCCAUGCUGCAUAAGCAGGCCAUCACACAGCGCCAGUGAUGCACGCGACAGCCGCCUCUUGCCCUCUGUUGAUUCCCUCUUGCUUGUUGCUUGCUGGCAUUUACUUGCUGUUGCCCUCUCCUGUUGUUGCUUGCGUGCGACGAACGACACGACACUGCCUCUGCUGCCUCUGCUUGGACUGUCCAUUGUGAGAGACUGUGAGCAUGUCACCCACCCCUUAUGCCUGUGUUACCUCACAUUGCAUCGUCUCUUCCGUCA